AUGUCCGCAGACAUCGUAAUCAUUCGAUCGAUCGACUUAAAGAAUCGAACGGUCAGUGCAUAUAAAAGCCGCUGGAUACAGGAGUUAAAUCGGUGCAGUUCACAACUCACGGCAACAAACGCCGUGGGUGGCAUAGCGGUUAAACUAAGGGCGGGUUGGGAAGAGCUGUGGAGAUACGAGUUUUGUCUGACAUCUGUUUAUCUCCUCUCUCUGUCCCUUUCUAAAUCCCUCUCUUUCUCUUUCUUUCUGUCAUUAUUUCUUUCUAUGCACUUGUCUAUCAUCGCUACUUUCCAUUACUUCUUUUGCUUUGAUCUUACCUUUCUUUCUUUCUUUCUUUCUUUCUUUCUUUCUUUCUUUCUUUCUUUCAAGCCAUAUCUUCGAAGCCUUUCUAUCUUAUCAAAUAUUCUAAUCUCUUUUCUUUUUCUUUUUAGCCUUUGUUCUUUCUUUCUUUCUUUCUUUCUUUCUUUCUUUCUUUCUUUCUUUCUUUCAAACCAUAUCUUAGAACCUUUCUUUUCAAUAACUUUUUUUUACCUUGAUAAAAGCCUCAUAACAUUAUUAUGCCAUUUGAGCAUGCGCACUGAAUGUGUCAGUCAGGGUUCACCUGCGUGUCUCCUCUGUGCGUGCGACUAG